AUCUGUCCCACAAGCAUUGCCACUUAAUCCAAGAUCCGUCUUCGAUCCGUCAGCCACGACUAACUCACCUUGGCUGGAAUUUGUAGAUGUCGAACUCGUAGAUAUUAAAUGAAGCGUAUCGGCACCAGAUGGAACCAUGAUGAUAGUCUAACCGGCCUUAGAGACAGAAAUUGAAAUGAGAUAAUGGACUAUUUGUUAUGGCAGAGACUCGCAGUGACAUUGGGAGGUCGAACACGUGACAAUGGCACAAACAAAUCAAAGCAUAUGUUCAAUAUUGCCUAAAAGUAUAACGAAACAAAUUAGUACGUGUGAAAACAGUGAACAAUAUAUCACGAAUUUUCUACAAAAUGCAUUGCCUUCCACUGAUACCGGCUCGAUAGCAAAUGAAUUAAGAAAGUCGUUGAUACUGGGUAAACACAAAAGCAAAUGGAACAAAAAGAAACAAUGCAAAGGAAAGUUAUUAACUAAUAGAAAACGUAUGCAACUUGGCUUACGUAAAAUUAGUUGCCAGGUGAAUGGUAUGAAAUACGAGGACUUAUUACCAUUGAAUCAAUUGUGGUUAAAUUACAUGCAGCAAGUGCUUGGUCCCAAGUUUCUCGAUAACAUUCCAAAAGAUCCAACUGAUCCGAAUUGGGAAAAUGUUAAUCAACAGUUAAUUAAAGCAGAUUUUCAUGGUGCUGAAGUUUCUAUUGUUGGAGCAAAGUGUCCUAGUCUGAUUGGAUUAAGUGGUAUAGUUGUUCAAGACACUAAAAAUAUUUUUAGAAUUUGUGGAAAAGAUAAUAUUAUACGAACAAUACCCAAAGAUGUUGUUAUUAUGAAUAUGCAUUUGAAGGAUAUCAAACUAGAGUUCUUUGGAAAAGAUCUUUCUAUAAAACCUACUGAACGAACAAUAAAAAAGUUUAAAUGUGGACGUAUAUAUGAACUAUAGCAAAAGUGCUACAAUUUCUGUAAAAUUAGAAAUAAAUUUUUCUUCCAAUAUUAA